AUGUCAGGACGUGACAAUAAACACAACCAGCUUCAGAAAACACCCUCACGAACUGAUUCUGACCAAGCCCAGGUGCUAACACCGCGCCCCCAUUCUAAAGGCUGCCGGUCACCCAGGCUUCCCCCAGCACCGCCGACCCUUCCCGGCUCCCGCAGGACCCGCCGGGAGGAGGCGGAGGGCGGCUCCCGCCGGCACGCCCGGCCGCGCCACCCCGGCCAGGGAGGAGGGAGGCCGGGGCAUCGGAAGCCCCGCAGCGCUGCCUCGCCUCGGCACGGCCGGAGGGCGACGGGCGGGAGGCGGCCCCGCACCCCCGCAUCUCCCGCCCCGCACCGCCCGGCCGGGAAACGCCCCCGAACUUCCCCGGCCGCGCCCAGAAGCCGCCGGGCUGCGGCCCCGAGGGGCGCUCCCCCUGAAUCCCCGCGGGGCGGGAGCGGCUCCCCGCGCUCAGCACCGCCCCAGGACCGGGGUGAGGGAGGUCGCCCCGGCCCCGCUCCCUCCCUGCCUGCCUGCCUUGCCUUCCUCGGUGGCGCCUGCCGCCGCCUGCCCGCCGCAUCCUCCCGCCGCGCCCGCCGCCCAGGCCCCGCGUUCCGGCCUGCUCCGCCCCGUCCCCGCCCCGCUCCCUCCCACGGCGCGGUGGAUCCGCUUCCCGUCGGAGCCCCGCGGGCCUCGGCUGCCGAUGAGUUUCCGGGUCGGCGGCCUGAACUUGUGUUGCCGCCGCCGGUUGUUGACCGCGGGCGGAGAAGGAGGGAGCAAGCCGGGGCUGCGGGCCGGGAGCGGGAGGCGCGGCUGGCGGGCGGGGAGGCGUCGAGGCGGAGCGGCGGCCCGGGCCCGCGGAGCGCCGCCGGCAGCAGCUGUCAGCGCCGCCGCCGAACAAAGGGGCAGCGAGCAGGCGGCAGCCGCAGCGCCGUGCCCGCGCCGGGGGCCCCGGCGAGCUGA